AUGCGCACUCCAGGUAUCAGGCCACCUUUAUCUGCCUGGUUCCCAAUCCUGAUAAAGGCGUUUGCUGUGGCGUGUCCCACAGAUACAGAGCCACCCAGCGCACUGGGCAUGUUCCUGCGCAACGUUCCCCACACCUACAGGCAAGAUAUAAAAGCUGUAAUCAUCGCUCUGCUGGGAUUCUUCUGGAGUCCAGCUUUUGCUUCUUACGAGGUUUACAGAAUCCCGAGCCCCAGCGGUGAUUUUAUCCAGCAAUCUGUGACCAUUGACAAUACCAACCAAGUAGCCAAUAUCCAUGUCUAUGGAGGACUCUGCUCUUCAGAUACAAUUUUCGACUACAAACAUGGAUACAUUGCCACCCGCGUUUUCUCCCGACGCGCUUGCUUCAUUCUGAAGAUGGAAAAGGGUUAUGUUCCACUGCUGCAAGAAAUUGGACGGUUGGCAUACGAGAAACAGAUGAUGAAAGAGAUGAUAUCCCCCCAAAAUGUGUGGGUGGAAUACGCACCCAGCGACUCCUUCUUUGGAAGCAUUGGGGAAUGGCUUAAGUUUGGAAGCUCCAUUGAACAGCUCUGCCACGACGUCCCUGUUUACACAGUGAAAAGAGUGGAAAAAGGCUUCCAUGUCAGCAGCUGUGCCAAAGCUGGAAUCCUUGGCAUUUUGGGCAUUACCGUGUGCAGCAGUCUCAAUGUUUAAACCUACUCCACCGACUUCUCUGGGUUCUCUCCAAUGAAGAUGUUCUCGGUCUCUUUGCAAACAGUCAGAAACGUCCAGUCUUCUCUCGGGGCUUCCUUGUGCUUCCUUUGACUGCUGCAACCCAACGCAACCCAAGAGCUGUUAAUAAAGAAAAGCAUUUCCCCCCCAAACCCC